AUGAACGGCAUCCGCGCUAACAUCAUCCUGCGCGUGUGUUUCCGGCUUGAAACCGGCCGAUCUGGCCGCAUAAACGGCAGCCGCAAGAGCAUCCAUCUGCGCGUGUGUUGCCGGCUCGAAACCGGUCGAGGCUCUGGCCGCGUGAACGGCAGCCGCACGAGCAUCAAUCUCCCGCUACGAGGCCGGCUCGGAGUCGGAUUCGGCGGCGGAUACGGCAUUGGGUGCGGAGGCGGGGGGUUCCCCCUUGGUUUGAGCUUCGAGCAAGGGAAAGCCGGCUUUGGAGCGGGAAGUGGUUCGGCGAGUUCGUUGGUUCUCGCGCCUCGUCUUCUCUCAAAUCGAGGGAAUUCAGGAGGGCGGAUUAAUGAGAUUGUAGCAGCCUAUGAUUUUAUGAAUUCAAAUGAGAAUCUACUCAAUGUUACUGUAUGGUACACUUCUACAUACAAGAAUGACACAGACAAUCUGCCUAUUGCCUUGACACGAGUGCCUUGGUGA